UUAGAUCACUCUGCCUUCUCAUCUGGAGCAAAGCAAGCCUCAUUUUUACACAGCUCUUCUCCGUUUCUCCAACUUACCAGCAUGGCGGAUGACAAGAAAGAGAAGAAGAAGAAGAGUAAGAAGAAGGAAGAGGCACCAGCAGCUCCAGAACCAGAGCCUGAGCCAGCUCCGGCCCCCGCCCCAGCUCCAGCUCCUGCCCCUACGCCUGCAUCUAAGGGGUCCACUAAAAAGGCGGCCAAGAGGUCGGGUUCAAACGUUUUCUCCAUGUUUACUCAACGCCAAGUACAGGAGUUCAAAGAGGCUUUUCAACUUAUUGACCAAGACAAAGAUGGUUUUAUCUCCAAGAACGACUUGAAAGCUACCUUUGAUUCUUUAGGCCGAAUUAUUACUGACGAUGAGGUCGAGUCUAUGGUGUCCGAAGCGCCGGGAGCCAUUAAUUUCACCAUGUUUCUCACCAUUUUUGGUGACAAAAUGACCGGAGGUACUGAUGAAGAAGACGUCAUUGUCAACGCUUUCCUUCGUUUUGAUGAAGGUGAAGGAUUAGUUCAUGAAGAUACCUUAAGGCACGCUUUAAUGACUUGGGGCGAGAAACUAUCAAGUCAGGAGGUGGACAAUGCCUUCAACGAAGCUCCUAUGGACAAUGAGGGCAAGAUUGACCUGAAAAAAUUUGCUCAGGUUCUGACCAGAGGUGCUGAAGAGGAAGAAGAAGCCGGAGCGUAAAAGUCACAAAGGAGCGAGGAAACCGAAGAAAUGUUCCCUGUAGCAAAGGUCUUAGUACAGCCAGCUCUGUACAGUUCGUUCUAUGAUCACCCUCACCAUACCACCACCUCACUCAUACUGUAGAAUCUCCCGUAGCGACAUCUAGUCAGCUUGAGCCCUUUGGCUGGAGUAAUUCUUGUACGUGUGCGACUACUCCAGCCACCUCAAAAACUGCAGUGGUUAGAAAAAUAAUCAAUCUUGUUGUGGGUGUUCUUUUUUUCUCUCCCUCUUUUUCUCGUUCUUUCUUUAUUUUCCUGGCCGUGGUGUGUGGUGUCUCCCUCUACAGUUCUACUCCUUAUUGCUGAAAAAAAGAAAAAAACUGAUGUAUAGUGACUGAAGAUAUCAAUGUUGAAAUAAAUCAACUUUUUAUACAGAGCUGAA